GCUUCGGCGGAGUUCGCGGUGAAGUAUCCGCUCCUGCAGACUAACUUGUCAGGUUUAUUCUCUCUAUCUAUCUAUUAGAGGAUGGAGAUGAAUCAGUUCACAGUCUAUCUUGUGACCACCGCGUUUCUGGUACACGUGACCCUGCAAGGAGAGCACCAGCGGCGCCUUUAUAAGGAUCUCAUGCAGAACUAUAAUCCUUUAGAGAGACCUGUGUACAAUGACUCUCAUUCCCUCACCGUUCACUUUACUUUAAGUCUUAUGCAGAUCAUGGAUGUGGAUGAGAAAAAUCAGGUUUUAACAACCAACAUCUGGUUGCAACUGUACUGGGUGGAUUAUUAUUUGCAGUGGAACCUGAGUGACUACCCUGGAGUGUCCAAUGUGAGGUUUCCUGAUAAUCAGAUCUGGAAACCUGACAUUCUCCUCUAUAACAGUGCUGAUGAGAGGUUUGAUGCCACUUUUCAUACCAAUGUGCUGGUCAACUCAUCUGGCUACUGCCAAUAUCUCCCCCCAGGAAUUUUUAAGAGCACCUGUUACAUUGAUGUGCGCUGGUUUCCAUUCGAUGUUCAACGGUGUGAUUUGAAGUUUGGAUCGUGGACAUAUGGAGGCUGGUCUCUGGAUCUGCAGAUGCUGGAAGUAGAUAUAACAGGCUAUAUAGCCAAUGGAGAGUGGGAUUUAGUGGAGGUUCCUGGACGGAGGAACGAGAGGUUUUAUGACUGCUGUAAGGAGCCGUAUCCUGAUGUUACCUUCACGUUAGUGAUGAGGAGGAGAACGCUGUACUACGGCCUGAACCUGCUCAUCCCCUGUGUGCUCAUCUCCACCCUUGCACUUCUGGUGUUCCUGUUACCUGCUGACUCAGGGGAAAAGAUCUCUUUGGGAAUCACUGUGUUGCUGUCUCUGACUGUCUUCAUGCUUCUGGUGGCUGAAAUCAUGCCUGCGACAUCAGAUUCAGUGCCUCUGAUUGCUCAGUAUUUUGCCACCACUAUGGUGAUUGUUGGGCUUUCAGUCAUUGCUACAGUGCUUGUGCUACAGUACCAUCACCAUGACCCAGAUGGUAGCAAGAUGCCGAAGUGGACACGUGUGGUGCUGCUGAACUGGUGCGCUUGGUUCCUGCGUAUGCGACGCCCAGGUGAACAUCAGGUCCACUCGUCCUGCAACAAUAAAUUACUUCACAGAGGCAGCGUAUCCAGUGUGGAGCUAUGUGUUGACCAGGGGACACUGCAGUCCCCGAACAUCAACACACUCUACAUCGGCUUUAGAGGCACAGAGGGAGUUCACUGCUCCAGCUCAGCCGAGUCAUCACUGAUUUGUGGUCGCUUCAUGCAAGCCAAUGAGGAGGAGGUGUUGCUGCCAGGGGCCACGGAGGCACAGUUAGGGACCAGGGUCGGAGACAGCAACACCAGAGGAGGGACUGAUUUAGCAAAGAUUCUAGAGGAAAUAAGGUACAUCACGAGAAGAUUUCGAAACCGGGAUGAAGAUGCAAGCGUGUGCAAUGAGUGGAAGUUUGCAGCAGCAGUUAUUGAUCGCAUGUGUCUAAUGGCAUUCUCGUUCUUCACAAUACUCUGCACUUUCGGCAUUCUUAUGUCUGCUCCUAACUUUGUAGAAGCGAUCUCUAAAGAUUUCUUUAGUUAAAAGAGCUAUGUACACAUAAACUUACUUUAAGUGUUUCGUAUAUACAUGACUAUAUCUCUACCACAGCAUGACCUGUAGGUUUAAAUAUAUUUUUUGUGACCUGUAGGUUUAAAGAUGAGUUUUUUGUGACGUGUAGGUGGCUUCAAGGCUUCAAGGCUUCGACUUGAAAUGAACUUAAAUUUUUUACAUGAUACCAUGAAGUGUGUACAAUGAAGGUGUGAGAUCAUGUUCAUUACGUAGAUUUCAAUUGCACACUCAUAUGUGUGUAUUAAAAAUGUACUGCGCCACCUGUUGAAUUUUUAA